CUAUCAUUACUACUUAGCUGAGCAUUUGAUAGAUAGCAUGUUGAUUCGUCUGGACAAGAAGGAGUCAAGACAAGAAAUGCUAGCUGGCUAAAAACAAUCACUUUGAUGCUUAUUAGCUAAAUUAGCUAUCCAGCUGCCAGAGAUUCCGGUUUUGUGGGGAUUUGGACUGCCCAGACUGGGUUCUUGCCGAAAUCAGCACUUUGGCGAAAAUCUCCAGUGUGAAGAUGAAGCUCCUCUGUGUCCAGGUGUUGAAGGAUCUGCUGGGAGAGGGCAUUGAUUAUGACAAAGUUUCAAAGCUAACUGCAGAUGCAAAGUUUGAGAAUGGAGACAUCAAGGCCAGUGUAGCUGUGUUGACCUUCAUCCUCUCCAGUGCAGCCAAACAUGAUGUGGACAGUGAAUCUCUCUCCAGUGAGCUGCAGCAGUUAGGACUCCCUAAAGAACACACCACAGGACUGUGUAAAUCCUAUGAAGACAAGCACAUUGCCCUGCAGGAGAAGCUAAGGGAGAGCAGUCUGAGAUUGGGUCGGUUGGAGGCAGUGUCGUGGCGUGUUGACUACACCUUGAGUUCCAGUGAGCUUCAGGAGGUUAAUGAGCCCACAGUGCAGCUCUGUCUCCAGACCCAAGGGGCAGAGACUGGACACACGGAGACCACCAUCGUCUCUGUGUCUGCAGACAAGUUCAGAGUCCUGCUGACAGAACUAAAACAAGCACAGGCCAUGAUGAAUGCACUACAAUGAAGCAAGACUCUAAAGGUUUCGAUUAAUGAUGCAGUGACUGGAUCAGAAGAAAGUCUAGCAAGAGUGCAAGACAUUGACAGAAUAUCAUACAGGAUGAGUGGACCAUGAUCUUUUGAAUGUAUUUUGUACAUUGUGUUUAUUCUAUAAUUGUUAUUAAAUAUGUUGAUGUAUUCCUCA